AUGGAGCUUGAAGGGGUGGAGGCGCUCUGCAUCGUUUUCUUGCAGGGUAUCACUGCAGCAACUUUGUGUGCUGCUUUCUUACAAUCUCUGUGGAGGGGUCAGCUGCCCGACAUAGUUGUUCAGAUGCAAUAUGGCCUCUGCAGCCUCAGAGAUCGCUGGACUCAGAAACCGAAGCCCAAGCCCGGCAACGCACGCGUCGAGGCGAAGUUUGUCGACACGUUGUGCAAACUGUUGACCAACGGCUGCAGAGUCGUAGUUGUGGCUCUCUUUCUGCGAUUGCUUGCCAUUCAAGGCCCUCUGCUGAAGCGUCAGAAUCAUCAGCUGCAACCUUCGCUGGACGUCUCCAACAUUAUCUCAUAUCCAAUAGUGCUCUUUCUAGUCAUUUUCCACCACAGGGCCAUUUCCUGCAGAACGCUGGAUAUUUGGUACGUCCUGCUGCAAACGCUUUGUGUAAUUCCUUUACUUUGGACUGCACCAGCGGAUGUCACCAGCGUCUCCCUCAUCACUUUGCUUCCUCGCGUGAUGCUGGGUUUGUGCCCGAAGCGUGGGUGGCUUCCAGUUAUUGGGAACGUGGUUCACUGGAUCUUAGCUGUGAAACAGGUGGAGUUCCGAUUGCAAAGCGAUGUCUUUCUCGCACAGUCAGCCGAACUUGUUCUGCUAUUCUCCGGCGUUUUUCCCCUCAGGCACGCACUGUAUGAAAAUGUCAGGAUGAGUUUUGAGUUGAGCACGCGCACCAUUGAGCUCUCAGCAGUUUCGGGACUGCUUCUUGGAUACUGUGAUGCAGUGGUCGAGGUUGAUAGCAGCCUGAAACUCACAGACGACUCUCGGCAGUUUUCCACAUUGCUUCUGCACGGGCAUGGCAUCUCUGCUGGAAGUUUGGCCGGCUACGACUUCCUCAGCUUUUUCCAUGUGGACGACCGGGAACACAUCAGCAUGUCAUUGGGUGCGAAACACGAGAGCACACAAGCCUUGGCUCUCAACGCUCGGAUGCAGGAUUGCUUGGGCAACUUUGUGAAAGUAGAGAUCUUGUUUACGUCCUUCCAGAAUGCAGAUGGACAAGAGUGUCGCUUGGUCGGAAUGCGUGAGUUCCAAGACUUCAACUCCGUGGCAGUGCCUCUUCCUAUGGGCCCUGCACACUCGCCUGCAGCCAGCCCUUCGGAGGACGCCUGUUCCGUUGCAUUUGACGCCACCUCCUUUGACAUCCUCUCCCUGUCCGCGGGCUUCAAAAAGCUUUGUCUCGAGAACGGAGCUGACGACAUUUCGGAGGGCAUGAGCAUCUUCGACUUGUCUACAG